AUGGAAGCCCUAACCCUGUUGGCAGGGAACCAGCUGAAAGAGAGGCUGGCCGAGAACGAGCGGCAGCGCGGAGCGACCACCGACCCGUCGGAAGUGCAGCUCCUCAACGACGAGCGUCUCGCCAUCUUCCUCCAGAACGAGGAGUUCAUGCGGGAGCUCAGCUCCAAUCGAGAGUUCCUCGAGGCCCUCGAGCUCGAUUCGCCGUCUGCCAGCAAGAGCAGCAGUCACUCGAGCGGCAAGGACGACCUCGAGGCCUUCCGCGAGCGACUCCGCAACAUGGGCAAGAGUGAGUCCUUGGAUUUCAGGGGGCAGCAGGCCAGGGAACUCUUAUGGGGAGGCAGUGGUAGACCCGAUCUGCAUUUACUCAUUGAAUGGAACUCAAAACUUAGGAGCGUGUCGCCACGAGUGAGGCAUUGUGAGGAGCGCACCUUCUUCCUGCAAAAUGGCAGUGGACAUAAGGGCACCAUGUCGCAUGGAUCGGCCCCCUCAAAGGACCAUCUCCUGCUCACUUCUGAGCCCUUGAUGGACGACGAUGAGCUCGACUAUGACCGUGAUGACUUCCCCAAGGGCAGCCACAAUCCUCAGUGUUACACAGAACCAAGUAUGUUCCCCAGUAGGCUUGCCUAUAUUCAGCAGAUUCUUUCUGUUCCAUUCUGCACGGAAGUCACGUGGACCCCUCACCUGCUCGGCGACCUCAAGGAGGUGGGAAAUUUGAACCCCUCUGAAGGAAGCAGCUUCUUGAUGGAAUGCGAGUUGGAGGAAGCUCCCCGAUGCUCAGUGCUUUCUUCCCACGAUGGAGUUCUCGGCAUCCUCCUUCAGAUGUGCCGUUCGGCUUUCCACACGCCGCGGCUUUCCACGUUCCCGUUGGGAGCGACUGAAAAAGUUAUUUUCCUAUAUGUGAUAGCCUGCGUGAAGAUCCUACCCCUGCAUGGAGUUGAGGUCUUGUUCCUAUGUGUGAGUCCCCUGCUGCACGUUUCCCCUGUGUAUGAUGGUCGGUAUGAUGUGCAAAGGGUAAUCAAUGUCUGGAGCCAGUUGGGCCAGCCUCUGCCGAGUGAAAUCGAGAACUGUUACUCGCGCCUGGUUGGUAGAAGGCGGCGAAAGCCAGAAGGCGGCGAAGGCCAGAAGGCGGUCGCAGAGGCUGGCCCCUCGGCGAGGAAAGAAUCUUCGGAGUGCCUUCUGCGCCCAGACGCGGUACCAAAGAGAGCUGAGAGUAUUGCUGUUGUGACUUCGUUUGUGGAGAAAGGGAAGGAUCCUCUCCUGCCCCUCCCCGUCGCUGCAGUGGUUCUUCGCAGCCCUGGCCAUCCGCGCGUGAGACACAGAGAAGGGAAGGAGGUUCGUCGCAUGGCCUGGGGACUCGAACUCGUGUGGAGCAUUGCUCCGACGUGCCCUGAUGCAUACACGUUACCGCUCGCUCCGAGUCUCGUGCGACUGGUGGGUGUUCGGUGGUGCGCUUCCAGGCAGAAGUUGGGGCAUUUGGUGGAAGAGGGAAUUGGGGAAGAGGUCAAAUGGAAUGGUCUCAGGGCGAAAGCAGCCCAGAUGCCAAAGAGCCCCGAAGACUUCCAGAACCGAGGCAGCGGGAAAUCGGAUCGCUUCCAGUACGACUCGAAGAAAGUCGGCUUCGCGUACCGGAACCCGCGGGCGUUCGUCGCGAUCGGCACGGCCGUCGUGCUCGGGAUCGUCUUCAGCCGGCCGAUCUACGAGCUCUUCUUCCGGGACCUGGUGGAGGGGCGGCCGCCGGAGGGGACGAAGCGCCGGAUGAACCCGCUGGGGAUCGGGGUCCCGUUCACCAACCCGAUGGACUAUCCCAAGCGGACCGAGGGAUGA